AUGCCUUCCCUGUCCAAGAGCAGUAGCCCACUCCUUCCUGACACAGUUGUGACCAGCGCUAAAUACAGUGGGGAUGUUGGGAGACCCCUGAGCAGCCUUGGAGCUUCGCCGCCAAACCUUUCAGAGCUGGACUCAGAGAGACAAGAGCCCCAUCAGACACUCCAAAGGUCUGUCUUGGAGGAGGUGUUCUCGAAAGGCUUCAGCGAGAACAACAGUAAGGCCAACAGCGAAGGAGGAAGAGACACGCCACAGAAGAGGACCAAGGACAUUGGCUAUAGAUUAAGCCAGCGUAGGGCACUCUUUGGAAAGCGCAAACAGUUGAGCGACUAUGCCUUGAUCUUUGGGAUGCUUGGGAUCGUCAUCAUGGUGAUGGAGACGGAAUUGUCCUGGGGGGUUUACACGAAGGAAUCCUCAUACUCAUUCUCUCUGAAAUGCCUUAUCAGCCUCUCAACUGCUAUAUUGCUCGGACUAAUCGUGAUGUACCAUGCACGGGAAAUACAGCUCUUCAUGGUGGAUAAUGCAGCUGAUGACUGGAGGAUUGCCAUGACGUAUGAGCGGAUCUUCCUAGUUCUGCUGGAGCUGCUGGUCUGUGCCAUCCACCCCAUCCCGGGCCAGUAUGUCUUCACCUGGACGGCCCGGCUGGCCUUCACCUACAUGCCCUCAGUAACUGAUGCCGACGUGGACAUCGUCCUCUCCAUCCCCAUGUUCCUCAGGCUCUACCUGAUCAGUCGCGUCAUGCUGCUGCACAGCAAGCUCUUCACAGACGCCUCGUCGCGCAGCAUCGGCGCAAUCAACAAGAUCAACUUCAACACGCGCUUCGUCAUGAAGACUCUCAUGACCAUCUGCCCCGGCACCGUGCUGCUGGUCUUCAGUGUCUCCUGUUGGAUCAUUGCGUCAUGGACAGUGCGUGUCUGUGAGAGAUAUCAUGACACACAGGAAGUGACCAGUAACUUCCUUGGGGCCAUGUGGCUCAUCUCUGUCACCUUUCUCUCCAUUGGUUAUGGAGACAUGGUCCCUCACACUUACUGUGGAAAGGGUGUGUGUCUGCUGACUGGAAUCAUGGGGGCCGGCUGCACUGCCCUGGUGGUUGCUGUAGUUGCCAGGAAGUCAGAGUUGACUAGAGCUGAGAAGCACGUUCACAACUUCAUGAUGGACUCUCAGCUCUACAAACGAGUGAAAAACACAGCUGCCAAUGUACUCAGGGAGACAUGGCUGAUCUACAAACACACGAAAUUAGUCAAGAAGAUCGAUCACGCCAGGGUACGCAAACAUCAGCGGAAAUUCCUGCAAGCCAUUCACCAAUUGCGCAGAGUCAAAAUGGAACAGAGGAAACUCAUCGACCAGGCUAAUACACUUGUGGAUCUAGCCAAGACUCAGAACAUGAUGUACGACCUGGUGUCUGAUCUGCAGCGGCGCAGCAAGGAGCUGGAUAGGAGGAUCGGUAGUCUGGACGACAAACUGGACUCCAUCCUAGUCAGUCUGGAGACACUGCCCAGCCUGGUCUCCCAGGCCGUCACACAGCAGCACAGGGACUUUCUGGAUGGCUUGGCCCCCCGUGUUCAGACAUCCUCGAAGGGCUCCGAGGACAAUUGGGUUCCCGCCAGGUGCAAACGGUCCCCCGACACUGCACCACAGACCAUACCUUACAGCUGACAGCCUGCCAGUGCCAUCUCCACUGUUGUGACCUCAAAUUAUGCAUUUAUUUAAUAUUGUAUUUGAUACUAGCCAGGGACAUUCUAGCCUCUGUUAGAUCUCUCCAGCACCAUCCCGCAGUUGUUUACCAAAACAAGUAACAGGGUGGCCGAUUUAAAGGUUUUCAGAAUUUCAAAUUCCUGGCUGUGUACCUUGGUCAUUCUUGAAUUGCGGUGGAAUUUGGGCAUGGCAUUUUGGAAAACAAUUUACUUAAUUUUAGGUUAUUUUUUAUUUUAAAUUUAUUUGGGUGUCAUUGGUGUUAUAUCUUUUGUAACACCAAUGACACCAAAUGAUCAGUGGAAAUCUCAAACAUAGGCUAUGUCAUACUAAAGUGUGAUUAGCUAAUAAUUGUCUUUAACCCCCUAAAGUCUAAUUAGUAUAGUAAAAACAUCCCAAUAAAA